AUGGAUUAUCGAUUGAAAAACAAGGAACUUACGAUUGCAAGUGUUGAAAUUCCCGAAAAUAUCAGAUACAUAUCAGAAAUACAAGACAACAUCUUCUCUGUUUCUAAAGAAAAUGUCGAAUUGGUAACAAAUGCAAUUUUUGACAUCUUAUUGAACCAUAACAAUGCUCUUAAUUAUGUCAUCAAGAUUUUAAACGACAUAUCAGAGAUAAUUCCAAAGAAACUCGAUGAAAUUCACUAUGUUUUUAUAAAAUUAAAAGAAAAAUACACCAUUUCGAAAGAUAUUGAUACAAAUAACUAUAAAAAGUACAUAGAACUAAAUGAAAAGUAUCCAGAACAAAAAUUAACUAUUUUUGAGCCAAAUUCGAUUGAAUAUAUUAUUGAAAAAGAUUUAGUUGAUGAUUUGACUACAGCAUCAGCAAAUGAUUUUAGCAACUAUAUGAAAUCAAAUGCAUCUACAGAGAAAUCUAAGUUUCUUGAAAAAUUAUUAAAUUUAUCUUGUCAAUUCUCCUCAAUAAACUGUUUUAAGUAUCUACUUCUCAACCAUACCGGUCAGAUUGACUCGAAAUCACUUGCUAACAGUGCAGUUGCAGGCGGAAAUUUUGAGAUAAUACAUUUACUCUCUCAAAAAAAUUUUUCUUUCAAUUCUUCCCUUGAAUCAGCCAUUGAAUAUCAUCACGAUGAGAUCUCCGAUUGGAUACUUGAAAAUUCAGUGUGCGAGGGUCUAUUUCCCUCUAAAUGCAUCUAUAAGCACAACUUGAGGGCAUCAAUUUUUUUCAUCGAAAACGGUUAUGACAUCAAUGAAAAGAGUUAUCUAAAUUUAGGAAGGUCUUCCUUUUUGUACUUCGCCGUGGAAAAUGAUAUACCAGAAUUAG